AUGGCUCAGGAUAUGACUGAGAAAGAGCUCCUAAAGAUGGAACUGGACCAACUGAAAAAGGAAGUGAAGCUUGAAAGACAAAUGGUCUCCAAGACAGCAAAAGAACUCAAGGAGUAUAUAGAAUCCAUGGCUGCCGAAGACCCACUCAUAAAAGGGGUCCCCGAAGACAAGAACCCAUUCAAGGAGAAGGGUGGUUGCAUCAUCAGCUGACCCUGGCCCCACCGAGAGAAGAUCUUUCUUGUCCUUCUUAUGCAAUACCAGGACUGUACAGAUUUUGCAUACCU